UGCAUCCUCGGGGGCGCGGGGGCUCCCGCAUCCUUGGGGGCGCGGGCGCUCUCGGGGGCGCUCCUGCAUCCUCGGCUCACCUGGCUCUCCUUGAAUAUCUUCCUUUUCUGGGAAACCUUCCUGCUGUAUAAGCAAGGACCGGAGUAUUACUACAUCCACCAGAUGCUGGGGCUAGGAUUGUGUCUGAGCAGAGCCUCUGCGUCCGUCCUUAAUCUCAACUGCAGCCUUAUCCUCUUACCUAUGUGUCGGACUCUCCUGGCUUACCUCCGAGGAUCCCAGAAGGUUCCAAGCAGAAGAACCAGAAGAUUGUUAGAUAAAAGCAGGACAUUCCAUAUAACCUGUGGGAUCACCAUCUGUAUUUUCUCAGGUGUGCACGUGGCUGCCCAUCUCGUAAAUGCCCUGAACUUCUCCGUGAACUACAACAAAGAGUUCAUUGAACUAAAUGCAGCACGGCACCAAGAUGAGGAUCCAAGAAAACUUCUCUUUACAACUGUUCCUGGCCUGACAGGAGUCUGCAUGGUAUUGACGCUCUUCUUGAUGGUUACAGCUUCUACAUAUUCCAUGCGAGUUUCUAACUAUAACAUCUUCUGGUAUACUCAUAAUCUCUUCUUUGUCUUCUACAUGCUGCUGAUAUUGCAUGUUUCAGGAGGACUGCUGAAAUACCAGACUAAUUUAGAUACCCACCCACCUGGCUGCAUCAAACUUAAUGGAACCCAUUACCAGAAUAUUCACUCACUGGAUUAUCUCUCAGAAUACUUCCAUGAAUCUUUCCCUCAAGGAUUUUCAAGACCAGAUGAACUUACCCAGCAAACAUUUAAGAUUUGUAAGGAAGAACCCAGAUUUCAAGCAAACUUUCCACAGACUUGGAUCUGGAUUUCUGGCCCUUUGUGCCUGUAUUGUGCUGAAAGACUUUACAGGUGCAUCCGGAGCAAUACGCCUGUCACCAUUCUCUCCGUCAUCAGCCACCCAGCAAAUGUCAUGGAAAUUCAAAUGGUCAAAGAAAACUUUAAAGCAAGGCCUGGCCAGUAUAUUAUUCUACAUUGCCCCAGUGUAUCUGCAUUGGAAAAUCACCCAUUCACCCUCACAAUGUGCCCUACUGAAACCAAAGCAACCUUUGGGGUCCACUUCAAAAUAGUAGGAGAUUGGACAGAACGUUUUCGAGAUUUACUCCUGCCUCCACCUAGUCAAGACUCUGAGAUCCUGCCCUUCAUUCAAUCUACACAUUAUCCCAAGCUCUAUGUCGAUGGCCCCUUUGGAAGUCCAUUUGAGGAAUCACUGAACUAUGAGGUCAGCCUCUGUGUGGCUGGAGGCAUUGGGGUAACUCCAUUUGCAUCAAUACUCAACACCCUGCGGGAUGACUGGAAACUAUACAAGCUUAGAAGAUUGUACUUUAUUUGGGUAUGCAGAGACAUCCAUUCCUUCCAUUGGUUUGCAGACUUAAUAUGUGUAUUGCACAACAAGUUUUGGGAAGAGAACAGACCUGAUUUUAUGAACAUCCAGCUGUAUCUCAGUCGAACAGAUGGACUUCAGAAGAUAAUUGGAGAUAAAUAUCAAGCACUGAAUUCAAGACUUUUUAUCGGACGUCCUCAAUGGAAACUUCUAUUUGAUGAAGUAGCAAAAUGUAAUAGAGGGAAAACAAUUGGUGUUUUUUGCUGUGGACCCAGUUCCAUUUCCAAGAUUCUUCAUAAACUGAGUAACCGUAGCAACUCAUAUGGGACAAAAUUUGAAUACAAUAAAGAAUCUUUCAGCUGAACACAGUUGAGAUGAACCAUAACUCUACAGAGGAAAUGAGUGCAAUUGCUAAGACUUAAAGCUCAGCCAAAUCUAACAGCUGUGUCAUGCCAAAGAAUAGCAAACUUUUCUGAAAUAUGAUUAUUUAAACUGAGAAUGUGUCACAGGACAGGUCCCAUUGCAUCUUUAAUCUGAAAGCCAAAGAACCCUGAAGAAUAUUUCAUAUGAUGAUUCCAAUGUUCAGAUUGAGAGAGAACUAUAGAUGCACAUUGUUGAUUUUUAUUUCAGAUGCAAGAAAGAAGUGAGAGCACCCUUGCCCCUGUGGGAAUGUGAGC